GCACACAUACAGUAAGCUCUUAAGCUCUCAGACAAUGGCGUAUGCAAGGAAAUGAAGUUAGGCAGAGUAGCGCUUCAACUACUUGUGGCAGGUGCCAAACCUGAGGUUGUCACAAUAUUAAAAUAAAAAAACUAAAAACCACUUGAUUUAUUAAAAUUAGGAUCAGCACAAUAGUAACUGACUAUUGACUUUUUUCAUGGGAAAUGUCCUAUGCAUUUGUGGGUGUGAGAGACAUAAAUGUUAUUGAACUUACUCCCCCAAACAAUAUGAAAGUAGAAUACAAUUGAUUUGACUUUCAUUUUAUAUUUUGAUAAAUGAAACUGGGGAUUAUAUUUUGAUUUUAUAUUUUGAUAAAUGAAACUGGGGAUUAUUACUGGGGACUUUUUAAUAUUGUAUUAUCAAUUGCAAAAUGCAUUUUAAAUAUGCAUUGUCAAUAAAUGAAUUGUCUAUAGCAAAAUGCAUUGCAAUUUGAACACAAAAAGCCAUGACCAGAUGGAACACAAUUGAUUUUAUUUACAGUUUUUAUUUAAACUUUAAAUUAAUAAAACUGAAUAUUGAAUUGCCACUUUUACUUUUGAAUUGCAAAAUGUGAACUGCAUUUUCAAAUCACCACCACCAAAUUGCAUAUUGAAAAAACAGAGAUUGUAUCAGGCUUGCAUAACCUUGUUCUGCUUGAUUUUUUUAUGCUGUUUUUCCCACUGUUGGCGAAACCAGUGAUAUGUAGGCAUAACCUGAAAGAUGCUUUGAAAAAAGUUUAGAUCACGUACAACCAAUAAACUACUAAUACAGAAAGUUUUUAUUAAAAAAAUUAUAAAUGUUGAAUCUGAAUCCAGUAUAGAAACAAAAUGACCAAAACAGAUUCAAAGAAGUGUUUCCAUAGAGAUACUUUUAUUUUUACAUGUCAUUUACAUGUUUUUUACUAUGAUAUGAAGUUGAUGUUCACAGGUUUCCAUCAGUUGCAUUUUAUUUUGCUCUCAGACAAACUACAGUGUAUUAUCUGCAGUUAAUUUUCACAGAAGCCCAGUAAGACGUGAAGGUAGGAGACAUUAAGGUUUUACUUACUGUAGGUCAUAAUAACCAAAUGUGUCUGUACCAGUGCUGUUACAAAAUAUUUGUUGGCUUUGUGUAAUAAGCUUUAUAUGUCUGGUUCUGUCCUGUAAUUUGCUUUUACUUGAUAUUACGGUUAUAUUAUUGUUUUGAAUUAAGUCAUUGUCCUGAUGGAUAAUAAUAACAAUUCUGCUUUGAGAAAACAUUUCAGCAAUGUCAAUAAAAGACAAGUCUUUUACUUGUCUUUUAUUGACAUUUUUUAAUAUGUCUUAUUUUGAAACACAUAAUUUUCUCUUUACAGGAUGAACUGGUGCUUAGUUUUCUUUUUGAUUCAUCAUGUUAUGACCUGUAAUAUUAAUGGAGAAAGCCACUGUCAAUUGUCAAGUAGUGUUUCAGGGGAAGAUGCUAAACAUUGUAUGGAAGAUGUAUACACAAAUUUGACUAAUGGAGAUUUUCAGGACUCUGUGAAAGCCAUGGAGAACCUGGAAGACGUUUUAGAGAUGACAAAGGUGGUGAACACGACAUCCAUUUAUUCUGGUAAUUUGGUUGCUCUUCUAAACAAACCCAACUCCUCCACAAGCCUUACAAUUCAUGCCAAUAAUAGUGAGGCCAAGUUAGACACUGUUCCCAACAGCAAAGUGAUUGUUCAACUGCCAAGCGUUUUGGGUGCGGGACCAAACAACACGCUUGUAUUCUGCAUGGUCACUGUGCCUAAAACAAAUCUGACCCUAUUGGAAGCCGCAGGUUCGAUUUAUGAGGGCAGACUGGUCGGCCUGAGUGUGAGUGGCAAGAAAGUCUCAGGACUACAGGAACAUGUGAACAUCACUAUGAAUGUGACCACAGCCAUAAAUGAGACCCAGGAACCCAUGUGUGUGUUCCUCAAUUUUUCCACUAAGAACUAUAGUAGUGACGGCUGCCAAACCCUGUGGAGACGUGGUCAGACUCACAUCACCUGUUCCUGCGACCACCUCACAUACUUUGGCGUGCUCAUGGUGAAUUCUUCUCCUUCACCAAGUGACCAGAAGAUUCUGUCAUACAUCACUCUGAUUGGUUGCAGUCUUUCUCUCUUUGGCUUGAGCAUCACGGUUCUGCUUUUCAUCUCACACAAGAAAUUCAGAGCCGAUGUUUCCAUGAAGGUUCACAUCAGCCUUGUGUUCGCGCUGAUUCUCCUCAACGUCCACUUUCUCCCCAGUGAGAUGGUGGCAGCACUCUCCUCCACUAGUCUCUGCGUUUACAUGGCUCUUGCUCUUCACUACUCUCUUCUGGCCACCUUCAGCUGGAUGGCCUUAGAGGGGUUCCACCUUUACCUUCUCUUAGUAAGAGUAUUCAAUAUCUACAUCCGGAGAUACCUGCUCAAACUCAGUGUGGUGGGAUGGGGUGUUCCUGCUGUCAUUGUGUCCCUGGUGGUCAUAAUAGACCGAACAGCAUAUGGUUAUACCCCUGUGGACUCAUCUAACCCAAACGGCACCGCAAUAUGUUACGUAACCAAUACCACAGCGAUGAUGGUGACUACAAUGGGAAUGAUUGGAUUGGUGUUCCUCUUUAAUGUGAUCAUGUUGGGGGUGACAGUUCGACGUUUCAUAAGUCUGCGACAAGGCCAAGAGACAAACCGUUCUAGUACCAAAAAAGACAUCUUCACUCUGCUGGGAAUCAGCACUCUGCUCGGCAUCACAUGGGGUGUGGGCUUCUUCUCAGUAACCACUGCUGGUCAAUAUGUCUUCUGCAUCUUGAACUCUCUGCAAGGUUUCUUCAUCUUCCUAUGGUUUGCAAUGUCUUUAAGAAAGGGACAAAAAUCAGCUGCUGAAGUGAGCAAUGCAACACAAAGUACCACUGAGCCUAAGAACAGGAAGUAACACGUCAAGAGGAUUAAUGGGAUUAUCACUAAAACAAUAUUAAAAAUGUUAAAAGAACUUACUACUUGUAAAACAUCCCCACAAUUAUAUUGUUGUCUGUGUCUUGUCAAUGUUAAACAUUACAUCAAAAGAUCUUCAUGGUAGAGUUUCAUUCAGUCAUCCUAGUAAAACAUGUCCCUCCAUGUCCAACCUUAAAGCAUAUUUAUACUUUGCAGCUGUAGAAGGUUCCACUAGUGGCUUGAUACCCAUGACAAUGGCCGGCCAGCUGGCCUGCCUCCUUGGCUGGUUGGUUGCAUUUUUCCCGCUAUUUCUAGGUUUUAGCAGCAACUAACCCACCAUUAGCUGAAUCCUGUACAUUUUAUUUUUGUAUAUUUGUUACUAGAAAAAAUGUUCCAUAGCUGCUACGUUAUUUUAUUCAACUGAAAUAUAAUAAAAAACCCCACCCCACU